AUGGCGGCCACAGCCUUGGUUGUUGCGUUGGCAUUCGUAUAUUUUACGGAUGCUACUAAUUUUAAGGACGGAGAAAAGGUGCUGAUGUAUGUUAAUAAAGUUGGACCAUACUUUAACCCACAUGAAACCUAUCAUUAUUACCAACUUCCAGUGUGCAGACCAAAAAAGAUCGAGCACAAAAGUUUGACUCUGGGAGAAGUAUUGGAUGGCGACCGUAUGGCUCUGUCUAUGUAUGAUCUGGCAUUCAAACAAAAUGAAGACAAAAAGGAACUAUGUAAAGUAGCGUACACGGAGGAUGAGCUACAACUACUGCGAGAUGCUAUUGAGGACAUGUACUACUUUGAAUUUGUAAUAGAUGAUAUCCCGGUACGAGGGUUCAUAGGACACCUAGAAGAGGGUGGAUACCUGCCACAUACACACAAGAUAUAUCUGUGGGCCCACCUCAACUUCAAUAUAGAAUACAAUGGUGACCAGAUUAUCUAUGCCAAUGUAACGACAAAGGAACAAGCACCUGUAGGUCUCGACUCAGCUGUCACUGCUCCAUUUGAAGUGGCAUUUACUUACAGUGUCAAAUGGCACAAAACAGAAAUGAAAUAUGAAGAAAGAGGAAAGCGUGUCCGAGACAACAGCUUCUUCCCAAAAACACUAGAGAUCCACUGGCUGUCCAUCAUCAACUCCAUGGUGCUGGUGUUUCUUUUGAUUGGUUUUGUUGUUAUUAUACUGACUAGAGUGUUGAAGAGUGAUUUUGCACGUUACAAUGUGGACGAGGAGGAGAGCGAUGAUUUAGAUAAUGAUGAUAAUGGAUGGAAAAUUAUCCACAGUGAUGUUUUCAGGUUCCCUAGUUUUAAAAGUCUUUUCUGUGCUAUCCUAGGUGUGGGCACACAGUUUUUAGCUCUUGCCACAGGAAUAAUGAUGAUGGCUAUCCUUGGAAUGUUCAAUGUCCACAGACAUGGUGCCAUCAAUUCAGCUGGAAUUAUUCUGUUUGCUUUCACUUCAUGUAUUGCUGGUUAUGUAGCAGCCAACAUGUACAGAAAGCUAGGGGGAGAUAACUGGGUGUGGAACAUCAAUCUAACUUCUUGUUUAUUUGCAGCACCCUUCUUCUUGGUGUGGGCAGUGGUGAACUCAGUAGCCUGGGGCUAUGGUACAACCCAGGCGUUACCAUGGACAACCAUUGUCUUACUUAUGUGUUUAUGGUUAUUUGUCGGCUACCCACUCACUGUAUUAGGAGGCAUAUUUGGUAAAAAUUGGGCCAAUGGAUUUGAUGCCCCUUGCAGAACAAAGAACAUAUCACGAGAAAUCCCACCAGUGCCAUGGUAUAGAUCAUCUUUUGCCCAUUGUCUUGUGGGUGGAUUCUUGCCCUUUAGUGCUAUCUCUGUGGAGCUGUACUAUAUCUUUGCUACGCUGUGGGGCCGGGAGCAAUACACCUUGUACGGAAUCUUAUUCAUAGUGUACGGCAUCCUGCUGAGUGUGACAGCCUGUAUUUCUGUUGCUCUCACCUACUUCCAGCUGUCUGCUGAGGAUUACAGGUGGUGGUGGCGCUCCAUCUUCAGUGCUGGAUCAACAGGUAUCUUCGUGUUUCUGUAUGCAACGUUUUACUACUUCAAACGGUCAAACAUGUCUGGUGCCUUGCAAACUCUGGAGUUCUUUGGCUACACAGCCCUCAGCUGCUACGUCUUCUUCCUCAUGCUCGGAACUGUGUCAUUUUUUGCUUCUCUUAAUUUUGUGAGAUAUAUUUAUGUAAAUCUGAAGAUGGACUGAAAAAACACAAACAUCUGAAAGAUGCAGUUGUUAUAAUAUUGUUUUGCAAAUUCAGCUUCUCUGAAUAUUCUGAAUUUUUCAACAUCUUUUCUGUUAAAAUGAAUCCAACACAUUGUUGAUUGAUGUUGCUUUUUCUUUUAUUUUUAAUUUUUUUAUAUUAAUUCUUUCUUUUUCACUCUUGGGUUAGAUAAUGACUUGCUCUUAUUGGUAUUUCAUGGUUCAAAAGGAGAAUUCUUUCCAUCCUGAAAUAUUUGAAAAUUCAGACAUUUGCCAUUUUAAUAUAUUGACUAUUAAGUCUUGGUCCAAGUUUUGUUUAUUUUAGAUAAAAAUCAU